UAAAAUGUUUUAAAUAUAAGCAAUAUCAAAUACUUACAAAAAGGAAGUGUGAGAAAUCAGCUUCAAUAUGCAAGAUAUAUUCGAAGUGAUUUGAUUUCCAGAUAUAUCAUGUAUUUUUAAGAGUAAUUACCAGUAAUACGUGAACUAUUUCUUAGGGAAACGGUACAUAUACGUGAUAUUUUGAGUUAUAAUAAAUAUGGAAGUUACAAAAAUACUCGGGAUUAUCUUCUUACAUGUUUCGCAAUCAUUCUCCCAAGACUGUUCCCUGUGUAACUGCUGUAAACAAGGAACGGGAUGCUCCAACAACUAUCAACUCGGGAUAGACAACUACUGCUGGGGAGGAUGUAAGGAUGGAUACAUGAGUCCUCAAUGUCAGAAACCCUGUGUUAAUGAACGUUGUACGACAUGUUCAACAAAUACCACAUGCGAUUCGUGUAAUGAUGGGUAUUACGGCGACCAAUGUCAGAGCCAAUGUCCCAGUACGUGUACCACGUGCACCUCUAGUACAGUAUGUACUUCAUGCAAUGACGGAUACCAUAGCGGGUCGCGGUCUUUGUGCCUAUAUAUGUGUAAAAAAGAGUGUUUAACUUGUACCAAUACAACAUCAUGUACAGCAUGUAAGGUUAAGACAGGUAUUGGAUAUUAUGGAAGUGAUUGCUCAAUGAUAUGCAGUAAUAAGUGCAAAUACUUUCUAUGCGAUAUAAAUGGAAACUGUCUGAAAUGUGCUGACCCUGAUUUCACUGGCGGUAACUGUGAUAGGUGUGUUGAAGGUAAAUUUGGCAGAGUGUGUAAUAAUGAUUGUAGUUCAUGUAAAGAUAACCAUUGUCCUGAAGAUCGUCUAAAUGCAUUGAAAUGUGACGAAUGUGCAGAUGGGAUGUAUGGAAAUCUCUGUAAUGAAACCUGUCCGCAACAUUGCUUAAAUAAUGUGUGCGAUCAAGAAAAUGGGGCUUGCGAAUGUGAUGAUGAUUACCAUUUUGAAAAUGGUAAAUGUAUCCCUACCUACUGUCCUGUAAACUGUUCCACGUGCACUUCGUUAGAAAACUGUACGUCAUGUACUGAUAACUAUCACUCCGGGGAAACAUGUGAAUACGAGUGUACACAUUGCAAGUCAGGAACAGCUUGUAGACAGAUUGAUGGUUACUGUUGGAGCGCUUGUGCUGAUGGACAUACAGCAACUCUUUGUGAUAUCCCUUGUUUUGAAGGAUGUGCAGCAUGCCACAGAAGUCGCCCUGAUGAAUGUACGUCUUGCAAUGCUGGAAGAUUUGGCAAUGAUAUAAUUUACAACAAUGUGACAAUGACAUAUGUGACUCUGUACAAAUGUAUCUAUAAAUGUGACCCUAGGUGUUUUAACAUGUCCUGUUACCAAGAUUCUGGAUACUGUGACAAGGGCUGUGUGAAUGGAUACCGAGAUAAGGAGUGUUCUCUUCCAUGCCCUGGGAAUUGUCUAAACGAUACUUGCGAACAGCUUGGUGGUAAAUGUGUACACGGCUGUGCCGAAGGUUAUUUAGGCGUUUUCUGUUUAAAUCGCUGUCUGGACUAUGAUUCACAAUGUCUACUUUGUACCUUCCAUAAAGACAAAUACGAUACAUGCACACUUUGCAAAAACGGAACAUAUCCAGGACCUAAAGGAGCAUGUGAAGCCUGUGAACCAAACUGUUAUGGAGGAUGUGAUUCUUCUACCGGAAUAUGCCAUGCAUGUUUAAAUGGAUACAUGGGACCGUUCUGUAAUGUCACAUGUCCAUCGAAUUGCAAAUCAUGCCAACAACACAGCGGCAUAUGCAAUGUAUGCAUCAAUGAUUUUUGGGGUGAUAUUUGCUUGAACAUUUGCAGCGUGAACUGCUUGCCUAGAAAUAACACAACGUCGAGGUGUGCUAAAACGUCUGGCAAAUGCAUACACGGAUGUCUGCCGGAGAAACAUGGCUUACAGUGUGAACGUCAGUGUGACCAGCAAUGUCGGCCAUCGGAUGACGAGAUGAUAGAAUGCAGGCAAGAAGAUGGUCGAUGCAAUAAAGGUUGUAAUACCGGCUAUGGCCAGACGGAUGACGGGUGCAAAAAUGUAAUGUCGGACCAGAUUGAUAAUAAAAAAGCCGGUGGAUACAGUGUAGUAACUGUGGGAAUUAUGGGUGGAGUGAUUGCCCUUCUUGUUAUUGCCUUUGCAAUUUUAGUUGGAAUAGUCGUUUUUAUGAAAAGAAAACAGAACGUAAAUGAAGUCAACGAAAGUCACGUAGCAGCAAACAAAUCUGACGAAGAGGAUGGAAACUACGAGCAGUUACAAGAACGAGCUGAUCAACCAAACUACCAGAAUGUCAAUGACAAUAAAUAUGAUAUGUUGUUUGCUAAGAGUAGUCUUUAAGCGCCCAGUUUUUUAAUCGUUGUAUCGUGUUUAUAUAUAUUUUUUAUCAGACAUUCUAUAAAAUAAGAACAAGAUCAAUGAAACAUGUCUAGAAAAUCAAGUCAAUCGCACAGGAGAACAAACGCACAUGCCAAAAGUAAACAAAAAGUAUAUCAAAUAUUAUUGUUAUUAAAGCCUUAUGUUCAAGAACAAACAAGAACAGAACAUAUAGAUUAUUAAGAAUCGUAUCAAUGUAUGGUGAAUAAUCAGGUAGUACAACAUUUCAAAAUGAAAUAGCAGUACAUGUAUUUGAAUAAAAAUAAUAAUCAAAUAAGAUGAGGAUGAAUAAAAUCGAUGUUAAAAUUCCACACUCAACAUGUUUGCAUGCAACACAAACCUUCUUUAACAAGGAUCAAUUUAAUAUUUGUUUUCUCUUCUUUAAGUUGAAUAACUCCAUGAAUUAGUACAUAAUUCAAAACAAUUCAAUAGUCUUUAUUUCCACCAAUAAUUGAUGAUUAUUAAAUUAAUACAAAAGUAGCAAAAAAUGAGAGGAACUAUCAAAACUAAAUUUAUGGAUAAGCAAUGAUUAAUCUUCGAAAUUAUUGACAGUAUACAGAGAUAUUAACAAAAUAUGAAUAUUGUUUUAUAUGUACAGUACACUCAAUGCGCUCAAAGUUUUAUGUACACACAAGUCUCAUAUACAUUUAGUAGUCGAAUGUUUUAUAUAAUAAUAACAGCAGUGUGUUUGAUUAUACAGCAUGUCGUCAACACGUUGUGCGGUAAUUUACAAAACGGAAGGAUUUUUUCAUGAAAUCCGAGUGUAAAAUUCUGUCCAUGAUACGUUUCCAAUGAGCACCAAGUAAGAUGGGGUAGACCUAUUUGCGUCCAUUAACAACAGAGCUGCAGAAAUAUAUUAUCCCAGAUUGGCUUAGAUCGAAUAAGAUCAAAAUAUGGACAAAUACAUAUUAAACGAAAUUCAUCUUUAUGUCCAUCAUUAUCAUUUGAAGGCAAGAAAUGGCUCAAUUCAUAUCAUUGGCAAUAUGCCACGUAGAGCCCUAGAAGUAAAGAGACAGACUCGUAGCUGUUAAAUUAUGUAGUUUUAUACAAGUCACAACUUUAUUAUGAUUAUAGCAUUCUACCUUUUCAAAAUCAAUUACUAAACAUAAAAUGGCCAUGGUAAAGUGAUCACAACCAGCUGAUUUCUCACCAAAAGAAUAUAACAUUAUAGCAGCCUUCUGUUGUUCGUAUUGUUCUAUCACAUAAAUGUUAGUGUUUUUAAUUGUAAAACGUUGUGUAUCAUAUAUUAACAUUUAUUUUAUUUGAAAUUUGUUUUAAAAGAAUAAUGUUGCGUAUGCUUAAUUCAAAAUAAAAUGUAUACUAUACUAUGCUACAAUAUUAAUGGUCAUCGAAAAAGCUAAUGUCUGUUAUCCAAUUAUCUUGUUUCAUUUCAUUAUUUUGUUGAUCGAUUGGGUUGAUUGUGAUAAGAGUGAGGCUGUGCACACAAACUAGUUUAAAUCCCCAGUAAAUUAACAGUAUACUGACUGUUCCAAGGCGGUCCUUAACAACUCUUGAUAAACACCCCUAGUUGUGUACAUAUCAUAUACAUUGUGUGUAGUGUGUUGUUUGUGGAGUUUUGUGCUGUUGUUCCUUGUUUCUGGUCUGUGAUUGUUUUUGUUGUGUGUGUUCUAUGUCUCUGGAGUUGACCCUGUGUCAUAAAUCGGGCUUAAUGUUUAACUUUUGACUACUGUACUUGUUUUUAUAAUUUUUCAUG